GCUAUAUAACCUCAAUUACAUAGCAUUACCAUAAAGCAUAUCAUCAUCAUCACAAUCCCAUAAAGCCCAUAAUAGAAAAAAAUGGCUGGAUCUUGUAGAUUUAAUCAUCACUUCCUCACAUCUCUUCUCAUAACCAUAGCCAUAACCACGCUGGUCAAGUCGGUCCAUACAACAACAACAAACACAGAGUUUGUAAAAUCGUCAUGCAAUUUCACACAAUAUCAAAGACUAUGCGUCGCUUCACUCUCUACUCAAGCCAGUCUCAUCCAAACAAGCCCCAAGCUAAUGGCUCACGCGGCUCUCAACAUCACAUUAGCCUCGGCUAAAGCCACUUCAGUAAUGAUGGUGCGUCUCUCGAGAACUAGUCCGCUCAAGCCGAGAGAAGCCUCGGCCAUGAGAGACUGCGUCGAGGAGUUAGGUGACACGUUGGAGGAGCUUAGGAAAUCCAUUGGUGAGAUGGGUCAGCUAAGUGGCUCGAACUAUGAGCUCUACAUGAGCGAUGUACAGACUUGGGUCAGUGCGGCUUUGACCGAUGUGACUACGUGUACGGACGGUUUCGAAGGAGACGACAUGAACGGGAAAGUUAAGGUUUUGGUUAGACGGAGAAUUUUGGUUAUUACUCAAUUAACGAGUAAUGCUUUGGCUCUGAUUAAUCACUUUGCUUCUAUUCAUGGCUAAAAGAGAUUGAGAUAUGUUCUUUGUUUAUAUUUUAUCGAAGUUUUAUGUUGAUUUGUAUGUGUUUUCGUCUUUAAGAUUCCAGAAUCAAUAUGUACCAAAUUAAGUGUAUCAUAUAAAUUCAUUAUUUUAGAAAGGAUCAUCCAACAAAACAUUUAA